AUGACAAAGUGUCUUCUUUUCGUCGUUGUCGUCGAUAAAGGCAGUGGGGAGAACAUGGGUUUCACCCUCCUCCAGCACCGCAACCCGCUCGAUCGCAAUGCAGAGAUCGGUAUCGCCAUUGGUCAGAAGUGGUGGGGAAAGGGCUAUGGGACAGAGAUUAUGUCAUGGUUGAUUCCAUAUGCCUUCCGCGGGCUCUCCCAGCAUAGACUCUCGCUGCAUGUCUGGAGGUCGAAUUCCCGUGCCUUGAAAAUGUAUGAGAAACUUGGGUUCAAGCAAGAGGGUUGUAUUCGCGGCGCAGUAUGGAAGGAUGGAAAGUGGGUGGAUACCCUGUGGUUCGGCUUGCUCGCGGACGAGUAUAAGCCAUCUUAG